CGGGAACAAGGGAGGAAGUAAGAACCCUAAAAGACAUUUCCUCCCUUAUGGUAACCAUCCACAUUGUUCGCCCCUCUCCUCGUUUCCAUCUUCUGAGUCUUCUUUGUUCUAAUCUCCAUUACCCAAAACGGAAUCUGUAUCUCUGUCCCUGUUCUUUUGGAAGAACGACGAACAAGUCGUCUCUGGAGACAAUGCCGAUCACCGCCGAGUACGCGAAAUCGAACCGGUCGACUUGCAAGUCGUGCUCGAAGACGAUCACUAUGAAGACGCUGAGAUUAGGAUUAAUUACCAAGGGGCCUGGUGGGAUCGACAUGACCAGAUGGCAUCACUUGGACUGUUUUCCGACCGAUUCGGAGUCGGUUGCUUCCGCUGAAGAUGUCCAAGGAUUCUCCUCUUUAGAGAAGGAUGAUCAAGAUGCGGUGACGAAAUUGAUUGAACAAUGUGGCGAGCCUGCAAAAGAGAAGCAGGUUGAUGAGAAGGGCGUCGAGAAUGAGCAAACCGCACCAGAUGACAAAAGUAAGCAGAAAAUCAAGGAGAAAGUGGGUUCUCCUUCUCCUUCUGCAAAGAUUAUAGCCGAGUAUGCAAAGUCGAACAGAUCAUCGUGUAAGAAGUGUUCUCAGACAAUCGCGGCAAAGACAUUGAGGUUGGGGCUGGUGACUAGAGACUUCCGGGGUUUUGAAACGACCAAAUGGCACCACUUGGAUUGUUUUCCCAUUGACUCAGAUCCAAUUAAUUCCGCUGAGAGCAUCAGUGGAUUUUCUUCAUUGCAGAAUGAUGAACAGGAUGCAUUAAAGAGAUUGGUGGAACGCUGCGGCAAGAAGCCUGUGCAGGGAGUACAUAAGACUGAUGAAGACAAUGAUGACUUGGGGGCAGAUAAAAAGUUCUCUGAUGAGGCAAUCAAAAGGAAACAUGCUCAGAUCGAGGAGACAGAAGGAACUAAGGUUGAUCAACAGAGCACAAGAAAACCUAAGGCUGAAAUUGAAGCGAAAAUCUCUCUUUCAGUUUCUGAUAUCAAGGACAAGUACAGGGAUGCAAAUCUCUUACCAAAAUGGAAAGCUUUCCAGACUGUAAUAUUUCUCGAAAAGGAUGACGGUCUCCAUGACUCGGAUAAAAUUGCUGCAUUUGAUUUUGAUGGAUGCCUAGCGAAAACAUCUGUUAAAAUAGUAGGGGCGGAUGCAUGGUCCCUUAUGUACCCUUCCAUUCCCAAGAAACUGCAGAGUUUGUAUAGUCAAGGCUACAAACUGGUAAUUUUCACGAACGAGUCCAACAUUGAUCGGUGGAAGAACAAGAGACAAGCAGCUGUGGACUCAAAAAUCGGGCGGCUUAACAACUUUAUCAAUCGUGUGGAGGUCCCUAUUCAGGUGUUUAUAGCAUGUGGAGUCGCUAUAUCUGACGGUAAAGAAGACGUUUACCGCAAACCCAAGACGGGAAUGUGGCAACUCCUGAAGAAUCAUUUUAACUCUGGCAUUGAGAUUGACAUGGAGAAAUCCUUCUAUGUUGGCGAUGCAGCCGGAAGAAAAGACGACCAUAGUGACGCUGACAUAAAAUUUGCCCAUGCGAUUGGACUGAAGUUUUAUACGCCGGAGGACUACUUUGCUUCUUGAAGUGAAGUACAUUAAUGAAGGCCUAAAUGUUUUUGGUUUGUACAUAGCUUUGAUCGCCAUGUUUUGCUUGAACUACCCUGAAAGUCAUCUCUUGCACUGCGCCUAGACCUUGCUUUUGUCUUCAAACAAUCAAAGAUGUUGUCUUUUUUGUAUUUCUGUUGAACACAAACAGUGCCAUCAAUGUUUACCUUUUCCACCUUUUAGGGGUGGACGUCAUGA